CGUCUUCUUCCAGAUCUCGGUCCCGUUCCCCAGGACUCAGCCUUGACAGAGGCCGGCUUCCAGUCCGCCACUAUCCCAGGAUUCCCAACUCCGGUUUCCUGCCCUUCUCCCCUCCCAGGUCCCGGCGCCUGCCGGAGCCGCAAGAUGGCGGACGGGGAAUGCUUCGCGGAAGCCGCGCGGGCUGUGGGGUGUCCCCAUGCACCUGCUCCCGGCUUGGGCCUGGGCCCGCCGCUGGGCUGGAAAGAGCGGCUGAAGGCCGGGCUGGCGAACUCGGGCUCCACGCUGUGGUUCCUGGCGGGGCUGGGGCUGCUUUACGCUCUGAGGGUCCCGCUGAGGCUGUGUGACAACGUGACAGCGGUGACAGGGUUUUUAAGUUCCUUGACACCCAAGUUCUAUGUGGCACUUACAGGGACAUCUUCUUUGAUAUCUGGACUAAUAUUUAUAUUUGAAUGGUGGUACUUCCAUAAGCAUGGCACAUCUUUUAUUGAGCAAGUGUCUAUAAACCACUUACGACCACUGAUAGGAGGAACAGAGAGUAGCAUUUCAGAGCCAGGUUCUCCUGCCAGCAACAGAGAAAGUGAAACCACGAGACACCACCAUCUAUCAGAAUGCAAGGUCUGGAGAAACCCUUUAAACCUCUUUAGAGGAGCAGAAUAUAGGAGAUACACUUGGGUGACUGGUAAAGAGCCACUUACUUACUAUGACAUGAACUUGUCUGCCCAGGAUCACCAGACCUUUUUCACCUGUGAAACAGACUUUUUACGUCCUUCAGACACAGUUAUGCAGAAGGCAUGGAGGGAAAGAAAUCCUCCAGCUCGAAUCAAAGCAGCCUAUCAAGCUUUAGAGUUAAACAAUGACUGUGCCACUGCCUACGUUCUGCUGGCUGAAGAGGAAGCAACAACCAUCGUAGAUGCUGAAAAGUUAUUUAAACAGGCGCUCAGGGCGGGGGAGAUAAUUUAUAGACGGUCACAGCAGUGCCAGCACCAGAGUCCUCAGCAUGAAGCUCAACUGAGGCGAGAUACCAAUGUACUUGUAUAUAUAAAAAGAAGAUUGGCAAUGUGUGCAAGAAAAUUGGGAAGAAUAAGAGAAGCAGUGAAAAUAAUGAGAGAUUUGAUGAAAGAAUUUCCUCCUCUUACCAUGUUGAACAUCCAUGAAAACCUCUUAGAAUCACUUCUAGAAUUGCAGGCCUAUGCAGAUGUUCAGGCAGUCCUGGCAAAAUAUGAUGAUAUAAGCCUUCCAAAGUCGGCAGCCAUCUGCUACACAGCAGCACUGUUGAAAACAAGGACUGUUUCAGAUAAAUUCUCUCCAGAAACAGCAUCCAGAAGAGGGUUAAGCACAGCAGAAAUUAAUGCUGUGGAAGCAAUUCAUAGAGCUGUGGAGUUUAAUCCCCAUGUUCCCAAAUACUUACUAGAGAUGAAAAGUUUAAUUUUACCUCCGGAACACAUCCUGAAGCGAGGAGACAGUGAGGCAAUUGCCUAUGCUUUCUUUCAUCUGCAGCACUGGAAACGGAUAGAAGGUGCUCUGAACCUCUUGCAGUGUACGUGGGAAGGCACUUUUAGAAUGAUUCCAUACCCAUUAGAGAAGGGACAUCUAUUUUACCCUUAUCCCAGCUGCACAGAGACCGCUGAUAGAGAGCUAUUGCCUACUUUUCAUCAUGUUUCUGUUUAUCCAAAAAAGGAGCUUCCUUUCUUCAUCCACUUUACAGCAGGACUCUGUUCUUCUACAGCAAUGAUAGCGUUUCUCACGCACCAGUUCCCCGAAGUCAUGGGUGUCUUUGCUAAAGCCGUGAGUAUGAUCUCAAGGACUUGUGUGGAGUAUUUAUAACACAGCACGGGAAAGCCUCUCUGGUCUGUCUGUGCUGACCUACACGAACCGUGAAAGAUGCUUGGAAAUGGCGAGAACUGCGCUUUAAUGCUCCCACCAUAAACGUCAACCGUGAAUUCUGACCAUGUGAACUACUUCUGUUACUUAAAAGUCUAAGAAUAAAAAAAAAAUAAAAAAAAAAGUCUAAGAAUACAAUGCUAUAACAUUACAAAGUUGGCCUUUGUAAUUACUUUUGGUGGUUAAGACAGCAUUCCUUACCAACUAAAGAGUAAUCCAAUUUUUCUUUAUC